UAUGUAAAUUUUAUUUUAAAAAAAUUUAAAAAUUCAAUGCUCAAAAUUAGUAUGAAAAUUGAAGUAGUAGAAGCAACCCAUUGACAAAGCGAAAGGCGCUUGAGGAUCGGGCAAAGUGGAUUUAUAUUGGUCCUUCUUCCAUUCUCUAAACAAGAUAAAGCUUAGCCUCCCAAUUCGAACGGGCAGCUCAGCUUGCGGUGUUUUUGCUGAUUUUAGAUUAGACAACAGGGGCAAGUGAGAUGAUGGCUAGUGAGGCGCCAAAGAUAGUAUGGAGCGAGAGAGUAGGGAGGUUCGAAACAGAGGACAAGGAAGCCUAUUUGGAGUAUGAGCUGAGAGAUGGAGGCAGAGUGAUGGACAUUCUCCACACCUAUGUCCCUCGUACCAAGCGUGGAUUAGGGCUGGCUUCUCAUCUCUGUAUUGCUGCCUUUUCACACGCUCAAUCACAUUCCCUUUCUGUCAUUCCCUCAUGCUCUUACGUCUCGGACACAUUCCUUCCGCGCAAUCCAUCUUGGAAUUCCAUUGUGCACAAACAAGACCUCAAAUCUCACAUUUGAAGCAGCAUAUGCCAAUCUACUCCUUGGAAGGGACCUGAUUAAUCUGGAUUCUUGCCGCGUCAAACU